AUGGAAGGGCACUGUUUGGUGAUUUCUGGUGAUUGGAGAUGCUCUGAUAGCCGAAAGUGGGAGUUUGUGAUAGACACGAAGUAUAUGUCGAGGGUUGUUGCGUUCAGAGAGGGGAUGGGUCUCAAUGAGUUGAAAGAGAAUGUGCUGACAGAGUUUUUUGGUAACAUGGGAUUUGGGAGGAGCUUGUCUCUGAGUUACUGGCCACCGAACAGCUCUGAGUUGGCAAUAGGGAUAACGACGUCUCCAGUGAUGGUUAACAACACAGGCGCCAUAGUGUAUUUCUGCAAACACUUCCGCAUAAAAGAAGGUCUGAAUUUGUUUGUUAGCUUCGGUAUGGAUGGUGAGGCGGGUAGUGGAACUAAGACUGUAGAUAAGGGAGAAGGGUAUACUCCUCCCGCGGCGAGGGGGAAACGCAAAUGUGUAUUCAAGGAGUCCCGAACCCCUUUGAGAGAUGUGCCAAUUUCCUCUAUUUACGGUGGAUACGGGUCCUCCGCUGGGUCUAAGUCCUGCCCAUUGGAGGUGGAUGAUGAAGAGAUUUUGAGUCACGUGGAGAUGACUGAAGAACGCUUUAGGAGGGAGAGAUCUGCGACCGAAGACGGGGACCGUACAACUGAAGUCUUUGAAUAUGAGUCCAACGAUAAGGAGCAGAGGAUGGAUGAUGACGUCAACGUCCUCCCGAUGGUGUACGACAAUGAAUUCUGGGAGCCUUUAAUCGACGAUGGGGAUGGAGGUUCUAAUGCGGUUGAGUUCAUAUGUCCUCUUGUGGAAGAGGUAAACGCCGUAGGACCGGAUCGUCGGAGGUUAUAUUCUGCCAGACUAAUAGCGCAUUCGACCACAGUGUGUUGA